AUGACUACUAGCACCUCCGUCGACAGUUCACUGAUUGGGGCCGGCGUUGCUUUAAUUGAAGCAUUGCUUGCAUCAAUGGUGUUUGUUUCAAGUAGAAAAAUAGGAAAAGAAAUGAACUUUUUAGCGAUCUUGUUUUACUAUUCAAUUUGCGGAAUAGUCACUACACUAUCACUUCUGUAUAUUUUAGAUGCGUUUUCAUUGCCUGCUUCACUCAAUGAAGGGAUUUUCUUAGGACUUGUGGGAUUCUUUGGAUUCGUCGGGCAACUUUUUCUGACAUCGUCGCUGCAAUGCGAGAAGGCCGUCAACGUGGCAAUUGUGCGAACAAUGGACAUCGUCUUUUCAUACGUUUUACAAUACAUGUGGCUUGGACAGAAGUCAGAAUGGUCAGCUCUAGGCGGCGCUAUUCUUGUGAUGAUUUCCAGCGCAGGUAUUGUAAUAAGACAAACAUAUUACGGAAAGAAAAACAAAGCAGAACUUUGA